AUGCGGUCCCUGCGCUCCUGCCCACGGGGGGCUCGCCGCGGGCGGGGCUGGCGGGGCAGCCCUGCCCUUCUCCCGCCGCACGCAGCGCGGCCGGGAAGCUUCCAGAGGCCGGGAGCACACCCGAACGCAGCCCCGGAGCUCUCCGCGGGGAGCGCCGCAUGCCCGGGGGGCCCCGCGGCCACGCACGGGCUGUCACCGAGCGGGGGGGACCCCGCCGGGGCGAGGCCGCCGCGACACCGCCAGCACCGAGACGUGCCCAGAAACCGGCUCCACCCGCGGCACGACCCCCACACCCCCCCGCGGGGCUCGCGUCUUUCCGAGGGAGACAAAAGCCGGGAUGCUCUGCCCCCCUUCGCUCCCAGCCCCCCAGGGCCGGUGCUGUGUCACGUCCCCCCCGGGCCGCGCUUACCGUGCGGGGCCGGGCGCGGUCAGUGCCCCGCUGAGGGGGUCAUGGGCGCGGCGCGGGGCGCGGGGGGCGCGGGCAGCUCCGGGGGCGCCGCCCGGGAGGACGCUCCGGCUCCGGCUCCGGCUCGGCGGAGGGACGGGCCGGGGCGGCGGGCAGUGACGCGGGAGCCCCGCCCGCGGCCCGCGCCGGCCCUGACGGGAGAUGUAGUCCGGGGCUGCGGCCUGCCCGCCGCGGGGCCAGCGGCACGGACAGCCCCAGGACCCCCCGCAUCCCACGCCCCGCGGGGAUCCGAUGCGGAUCUGCUGGUCCUGCUCCCCGGGCUCUCCCUGCACCCCAACCCUUUGGGGGCCUGGCAGGGACCUCUGGAUUCUGCAGUCCGGGAUGUGUCAGGGAACCCCCGGAUGGCCAAAGCCACCGAGCCCCCAACCCUCCAGGGAAGCGCCCGGCGCCCCGACGGGGCGGGCAGGAGUCCCUCACAGCGCGCCCCCCCUCCCGCGUCCCGUGUGGCCCCCCCGGCGCGGGGCCAGCGACAUCCGGGCCCUUCGCUCGCCACCGCCGCCGAGCCGCCCGCAGCCGCGGGCCAGCGCCGCCGGACGGCGCGGGCGGUGCCGCGGUCCCCGUCGCGGUGCUGUGUCCGUCGCCAUCCCUCCCCGCUGCCCCCUCGAGGUGCGCGGAGCUGCCCCGCCCCGCCCCGUCCCGUCCCGUCCCACGGCGGGGGCGAUGCUCCCCCCGCUGCGCUGCCGGCGGAUCCCUCCCUGCUGAUUUGUUUUAGACGUGAGGGACGGGAUGCGCGGGAUGAUCCCGUCCCGUCCUACCUCAUCCCAUCCUUUCCCCUCCGCACCUCGCAGCGGGGCAGCGACCCGACGGCUCGGGAUCCCCCCAUUGCUGGCAAGCCCUCUGUGGGCUUCCAGCCCGGUUUUUCCCCAGCUGCUGCCCGUGCCUGUGAGAACUGGGAGGCGGCUCUGGCUCCUGUUUGCCUGGCGCAGGAUCAUCCCCCGGACAGCCCCGCAUCCCGGCGGCAGCACCGAGCCUCGGCGAUGCGGUACGUCUGCCGCUGCGGGUGCGAGCGGGGCUGCCCGGAGCAGGGGGUGUGA